AUCUCUGCUACCCGAAACGCACUAUGGAUAGCUUUAUGAACCUCGCAAAGAAAGGCCUGGAUGCCUACAAUGAUUCCCAAUCCAACGUCAGCAAGACUGGCGGACAGGAACUCAACUCUCCCAGUAACAAUGCCUCAAGCGGUUUGAGCACCCCACCCAUCAACCAGCAGCAAGCAGUCGAAAACGCUGCCAAGAACAGCUCUGGCGAGACCUCGCUGUUCGAUACGGCGUUGAAGUUCUUGACCGACAACAAGAGCUCUCAAAACGAGCCUUUGAACGACGAUGAAGUCACCAAGGCCCACGAGAAGGUCUACAAGGAGGGAAAGACUAGCGGCUUGAGCGCCAACUUGUUGGGAAGCGCUGCUGCACUCGAGGUCCUCAAGAAAUUUACUGGAGGCUCCAGCUCUUCCUCAUCCACUUCAACGUCAUCGUCAGGCGGCAAUACCCAGACCCAACUCAUUAGUCUUGCCAUGGCCGAAGCCGCCAAACUCUUCGACAAGUCCGACAAGACAUCGUCUAACGACAAGCAGGACGCAGUCAACGGUGCUGCGAUGACCAUCAUGAAGCUGCUCGUCCAGAGUAAGUUUGGUGGCGCUCCUACCACUGGUGGAAGUGACUCUGGAGGACUUGGUGGAUUGUUGAGCUUAGCUUCCAAGUUGGCAAAGUAGUGGGGAUUGGAGGGAACCCAUACUCCAUACUCAACGAUGAAUUCCAACUGCUUGUCUACUUGUAUCUGUACUACGAGGAUUGAAAGGAACCCAAAUGCUUGUCUACUUGUAUUUGUACUAGGACAGAAUGUUGGACAUAAGAUAAGGUAUAAGGA